GCGGUCAUUUUCGGCAUCAGUUUUUUCGGCAACUUCUUAGUCGUCUUCACAAUGAUCAUGGACAACAGGUGGAACAGCGCUAUAUCAUUAUUUCUACUCAGUCUGGCCGUCGCCGAUUUGAUCUUUAUAAUCAUUUGUCUGCCGUAUGAGUUUGCAUCGCGGCACGCUUUCAACUGGACCGGACCGAGUUGGAUGUGCAAAAUGGCAAGUUUCGUUGAGAUGUUGGUCGCCUGCACUUCAGUUCUCAAUCUGGUGGCUGUCAGCAUUGAAAGGUCAGUCGUGAUAGUCCACCCAAUAAAAUCGAAGCUGUGGUGCAGUCGCGGUCGCACCCACCGCAUCAUCGGCUUCAUGUGGCUCGCUGCUGCCCUUCUCUCCAGCCCUACAAUCCCACUCAUGGUGAGCUGUGAUUAG